CGAGAAGCGACAACGUACUUUGGAAAAUAUGCGCCGAUAUGGAGAGACUCCGAUGGCGAUGCACUCAUUCUCGAUUCACAGAGCGCGUACAUGAACGAAGAAGCUGUUUUGGGUUGUGUGAUAUUUGUUGCUUUAGUACAGGCUGGUCUUCUUCAUGAUGCGUAAAAAUUCCUCCUCGUUGAUUUCACCGUCGCCGUCGCGGUCAGCCUCAUCGAUCAUUUCUUGCAACUCUUCGUCCGUCAUGUUUUCACCGAGUUCCUUUGCGACACGUUUGAGAUUCCGGAAGCUGAUCUUGCCAGUCUCAUCGUCGUCGAACAGCCGGAACGCCUUCAGGAUCUCUUCCCGAGAAUCCUUCUCGCUCAUCUUGGACGUCAUCAUCUCCAAGAACUCGGUAAAGUCGAUCGUUCCGCUGCCGUCCUUGUCAAUGUCGGAUAUCAUCUUUUUGAUUUCUUCUUUCUUGGGCUCAAACCCGAGAGCACGCAUGGCAACUUUAAGUUCCUUGGCGUCGAUCGUGCCACUGCCAUCCGUGUCGAAAAGGUCGAAAGCUUCUCGAAUCUCUUGCUUCUGCUCCUCCGUCAGCUCGAACUUCUUGUUCUUGGCCGCGGCCCCCGUCGCCGCACCCGCCUUCCCGGUCUUGCGUCCUGCGUAAGCGGCUGACAUCCAAUUCAA